CGUCGUGCUUUCUCACUCUCUCUUCCUCUAGGAUUUCAGGAUGCCGCCGAUUAGGCGUCUCACUAAUUAUGAUGUUUUGGAGAAGUGUAUAGAAGAUAUCCUCUCUCUAACCAAACCAGUGGAGGGCGACCGAAACAAACGACUAUAUGCAAUUCAGGAGCUGUCAGAUACCAUCUAUUCAGCUGGGGCCUUGAAAGGUGCCUUGGUUAAACCUUUUGGAUCCUUUGUGUCACAGCUUUACGCAAAAUCAGGUGAUUUGGAUGUGUCAGUUGAGCUGUGCAAUGCCUUGAAUCUCCCUAUAAGUAAGAAAAAGAAGCAAGAUGCCUUGAGAGAAUUAUGGAGAGCUUUGCAAAGGAGAGGUAUUGCUAGACAUACAGAGUUCAUUCCUAAUGCAAGAGUUCCAGUUCUUCAGUAUGUGAGCAACCAGUAUGGUAUUUCCUGUGAUAUAUCCAUUAGCAAUUACCCUGGUCGAAUUAAAUCAAAAAUCUUCUACUGGAUCAAUACUUUAAAUCGACGCUUUGGUGAUAUGGUUUUAUUGGUCAAGGAAUGGGCCAAAGCUCAAAACAUUAAUGAUCCAAAAAAUGGAACCCUUAAUUCUUAUUCGCUUUGCCUACUUGUUCUCUUUCAUUUUCAGACAUGUGAACCUGCAAUAAUACCACCGCUAAAGGAGAUUUAUGAAGGGAACAUUGUGGAAGACAUUGCAAAGAUGGCGUAUUAUAAUGAGAAACAUCUUGAUGAGGUUUGUGCAUUAAAUCUGGCAAGAAUCCAGCUCCAAAAUAUGGGCCAAAGAAAUCAAUGCUCUCUUUCUCGUUUACUCACAUCAUUUUUUAACAAGUUUUCCCGUAUUGGUGCCCUUUCGAGUAAUGUUAUAUCCACUUACACUGGUCGGUUGGAGAGAAUCCAGGACAAUCCAAGAUGGAUGGCCAAGUCAUACAGCUUGUUUGUUGAAGAUCCAUUUGAGAGACCUGAUAAUGCUGCUAGAGCAGUUGGUUUCUUUGAGUUCCAAUAUAUUGUCGAUGCCUUCAGCAAUGCUAGUAAAAAGUUUUCUUCUGAUGCACUUACUGACCAAAAUGAAUUAUUGUCACUGCUUUGCACUCCUGAUAUUAGAUCAAAACUUCGUGGGAGAGCCAUGGCCAGCCAUUAUACAAAUACCCCAGUAGAUCUGAGUCCUCGUGACGUAUUUCUAGGACAUGCUGAACUUUUGGCAGCACCUAACCAAUAUCAUGAUCAACAUCGUCGCCAGCCAGCCAGAGGAACUCCUGAUACCGGAUCAAGACUUGGUGGAAGAGCCAGGGCAAAUGCCCCAUUGAGUCUGAGUCCUCAUGAUGCAUUUUUAGGACAUGCUGAAGUUGAACUUGUGACACUGAGACCUAACCAAUAUGAUGAUCGACAUCAUCACCAGCCAGCCAGUGGAGGAAGCAGGCCAGGUCACAGUCCUAGGAUAGCAGCAGAUUAUCUUUUGCUCUUUUGCCUAACAAUAUGCACAUUCCCGUAGCUCUUUCAACUAAACAGUAUGUAUUGGCUUAUGACAUUUAGCGUAGGCUAUUGCCAGCCAGCUCAUGUGCUUGAACCUGCCGUUAUGUGCAUUUCGGGAUCUAGAACAUGUAUUGCUGAACAUGCAGCCCUAUCACUUAAGUCUAACAUAUUACUUUAGGUCAUCAUCCUUCUAUCGCCGUGGGAAGAUUGUAAUGGAGUGUGUCUCUGGAGCUCCGAUAGAAUGCGUGGUGAUAUGUU